AUCUUAUUGUCUAGAUGGUACGAGUCAUAGCAAAUCUUUCAAUUCAUCCCGAAGUUGGGCCUGAUAUUGCAAAGAACAUGGAAAUAGUAGAACUUUUAGUGCAAGUCUUAGAAGUCAAAGAUUUUACUACCAGCGAUGAGUUGGUUCUUAAUACUAUCGCUACCAUCAGCAAUCUUUCCUAUUACGCUGAAGAAAACACGGCUUUAGCAGUGAAACGUAGCACUGUAACACAAUUAUUGAUGGGAAUGUUGGUAGCCGAUAAUAUGGACGCCAUUCUCGAGGUCUCGCGUGUUUUUGGAAAUUUUUCUCGCUUCAAAGAUGUUCGAGACAUAUUAUCCAGCCACAAAGUUGAUGAGAUGAUGAUAUCAUUGCUGGACUCAGGCAGUCAUGAGAUCGUGUACACAGCCUGUGGCGUGCUAAUCAAUUUAAUGGUCGACCCUGAGAAACGUUCAGUCCUCAAAGAGGAAGGCGGCAUUAAGAAGCUGAUCGAUGUUCUCAGAGAUUUCGGCAAAAUUGAUUGGCAGCUCGCGGCAAUGGUUUGUCAAACGUUAUGGAACUAUGGGUAA